AUGCCGCCCGGCCCCCCACCUCUCCCCUUCAUCGGAAACAAACACCAGCUCCCCAAAUCGCAACCAUGGCACCAAUUCGCCGCCUGGGCCCAAACCUACGGCCCCAUCUUCACCCUCUGGAUCGGGCGCCGUCCCACCGUCGUCAUUUCUGACCCACAAAUCGCCGCCGAGCUGCUCGAAAAGCGCAGCAACAAGUACUCGUCCCGCCCACGCAUGGUCGCCAUGGGCGAGCUCCUCUGGAACAACAGCAGCAUCCUCGUGCAACCCUACGGCAAAGCCUGGACCGCGCGCCGCAAACUCCUGCACCAAGCCCUGACACCCAAAGCGCUGCAGCUCUACAAACCCGUCCAAGAAGCCGAAGCGGCCCGCCUCUGCGCGCAGCUCCUCGACGCGCCGGCGGCCUUCGAGAAGCUGAUCGAGCGCUUCACGUCGUCGGUCGUCUUCUGCGUCGCGUACGGCCACCGCAUCGACAGCCUGCACGCCGCCGUCAUCCGCCAGCGCUUCCAGUUCAUGCAGUACAGCGCGUCCCUCAACGUGCCGGGCCGCUACCUCGUCGAGACCAUCCCGGCGCUGAAGUACGUGCCCGACGUCCUCGCGCCGUGGAAGGCCGACAUCAAGGCCCACGGCGCGCGCGAGGCCGCCGCCAACAUGGCCCUCGUCGACGUCGUGCGGGGUGACAUCUCCCGCGGCGCUGCCAGCGGCAAACCGGUCCCGGACUCGCUGUGCAAGCUCCUCCUGGACCUCCGCGCGCGCGGCGAGGCGGGCACGACGCUCUCCGACCGCGACUUCUCCUUCCUCCCCGCCUCCCUCUUCGGCGCCGGCUCCGACACGACCGCCUCAACCCUCUGCACCGCGCUCCUCGCCUUCCUCACGCACCCUUCCACACUCCUUGCCGCACAGGCCGAGCUCGACGCCGUCGUCGGCCCCGACCGCCUGCCUACCUUCGCCGACGAGCCGCGCCUGCCGUACCUGCGCGCCUGCGUCAAAGAAGUCCUGCGCUGGCGGCCCGUCGCCGUGCUGGGCGGCACGCCGCACGCCAGCACCGCCGACGACGUGUAUGCGGGGUACUACAUACCCGCGGGAACCACCGUGCUGGGGAACUCGUGGGCGAUUAAUUUGAACGAGGAGUACUACCCUGACCCGCACCGGUUUGAGCCGCUAAGGCCGAGGAGUGAGAAGCAUGAGGAGGUGGUGAGGAGGGAGGCGGCGGAGGCGAUGGGGGUGUUGGGGAGGUUUGAGCCGUUUGGGGAGGAGGAGGGGGGGCUGGGGGAGAAGGGGGUGGAGGGGGCGUGA